CCGUGCCCUCUCUUUCACUCCUUAACCACUCACCUUGUUUCUCUCCACAGCUGGGCGGGGUUUAUCUAGGGUUUCGUCUUCCCCCCCUCUCCGUCGUCCAUGGCGAAGAAGCCAAUCCGCGGCCGUCGCUCGCCGCCUUCCGGCUCCGGCUCCGGUUCAUCCUCGCUCUCCCGCUCAUUCUCGGGCUCUUCCUCCCGCUCCUCCUCGCGCUCCCGAUCUCGCUCCUCCGCCUCCUCCUCUUCCCGGAGCGGCAGCUCUCGUAGUCCUAGCCCCCGCUCCUCCAAAAGAAGUCCUGGCGCUCGACGAGGUCGAUCUCCUCCACCAGCUAAAAGGGCAUCUCCACCUCCAAGGAAAGCUUCUCCGGCUCAUGAGUCACUUGUUCUUCACAUUGAUAAGCUUACAAGGAAUGUGAAUGAAGGCCAUUUAAAAGAAAUUUUCGGAAACUAUGGUGAAGUUGUAAACGUUGAGCUGGCAAUGGAUCGCAGCGUUAAUCUUCCAAAAGGAUUUGGAUACGUGGAGUUCAAGAUGAGAGCAGAUGCUGAAAAAGCGCUAUUACACAUGGAUGGUGGUCAAAUUGAUGGUAAUGUAGUUCAAGCAAAGUUUACAUUAUCUCAGCGUCAGAAGUCGCCACCACCUAAGGCUGUUGUGACUGCUCCAAAGAGAGAUGCUGUGAAAGCUGAUGGUAUUAAUGCUGAUAAGGAUGGACCAAAGCGUUUGAGGGAAGCUUCUCCUCGUCGAAGACCACCUUCACCACCAAGGAGAUCUCCAGUAGUUCGUCGAGGUGGAUCUCCAAGAAGACGGCUAGAUUCUCCACCACCGCGUCGUAGACCAGGUUCCCCUUACCGUCGCGUUGAUACAUCUCCAAGAAGGAGACCUAUUUCUCCAUCCCGAGGCCGUUCUGGGUCUCCGCCACCAAGGCGUCGAUCCCCAGCUAGGGUUUCUCCAAGAAGGAUGCGUGGCAGCCCCCCUGCUCGCAGACGUGGCUCUCCUCCUAGGCGCCGUUCACCUCCUCGACGGGCUCGUAGUCCUCCCAGAAGGUCUCCAAUCAUUCGUAGGCGUACCCGUUCUCCUAUUCGUAGGCCUGCUCGGUCACGUUCAAGAUCAAUUUCACCUCGGAGAGGCAGAGGUCCUGCAACGAGACGUGGGAGGUCAUCAUCAUCAUCAUCCUCUGGAUCACCUGGUCCACGCAAGGUAGGCCGGAGGAUACCAUCUCGUAGUCCAAGAAGGCCUGCAAGGGGAAGAAGCAGUAGCAACAGCAGCAGAAGCAGUUCACCGCCUCCUCGUAAGACAUAGGCCUUAACGAGGAAGCAGAAGCAGAUCACAACCUCGUAUCUCAUAGAUUAAAGUGUUGCCUGAUGGACUGUCUGGUGAAGCUAUUGUAAACAUAUAUGGUACUAUCAUUUCAUGGUGGAACUUUAGAAUUGCAUCUUUCUAUUGUUGUUUGUCUUGUUUCCUUUUAGUUUACACUCGGUUUCCCAAUGGAGAACUGGUGACUCGAAAGAACUUAGUUGGAUGAUAUGAUCCCGUAAAUGUUGUCUCGGUAAAAUAAAAAAGACAAUUGGUGAUAAUAUUAUUGAACAAUGAGUUUCCGAUUGCA